AUGUCAUUUCACAGUCAAUGUUCUGAAAGAUUUGCUACAGAGACAUAUGUGGAGUUUGGGAGGGGGGGGAGAUAUGUGGAGUUUGUGGGGGGUGACUUAAAACCAGAUUUUGAUUCUCUUCACCAAAGACCAUUUCUUUUCUGGUUUUCUUUCUUUCUCAUACCCCCACUUUCUGUCACUUUUUUCUCUUCUCUUUUUCUUUCCACCCUCUCCUUAUACUCAUCCCACCCCUCAUCCUCUACUUUUUCCCUGUUCUUUUUAUUUAAUCUCUUUCCACCUCCUUUCUAUCAACCUAAUUUCUUGUUUCUCCUGCUCAUUUUAUGUCUUUCUUCCUUUCUGUAUCUUCCUUCCAUUCUCUUUCUUAUACUUCUUGUCUUUCUCUUUCACACUCAUAUAUUCUCUUCCCUCAUCUUCUACAUCCCUUUUUCUUUUCUUAUUCUCUCCCCACCCUCUAUCAAUCUGAUUUCUUCUUUCUCCUUAUCAUUUUCCUUCUUUCUAUCGUUCUUUCUGCACCUUCCUUCCACUCUCAUUACAAAGAAAGUAUUCUUUCUUUUUUUCUCCAUUUUUUUCCCCAUUCACUCCCUUCCUUUCCUAAUCUGCUUUGUUUUCUUCCUCAUCCUCUACAUUCUUUUUCCGAUCCUCUCUCAUUUCCUUACUCUUUUACCUUCUUACUUUUCUCCACAACUUCCCAACUGCUCACCCACCCAUUCCCACCUUGUCGCCAUGACAACUUACCCUGUUUCUAUUAAGGAAUAUCAGUUAGAGCAAAGCGCCAAAACUCUGACACUGAAAAUGGCCAAACUCAACCCCCAUCUUCAACCUCGUCAUCUCACUUUCUCUCCAACAUAA